ACUUGUCAUUUGCAGCACAAGCUACUUCACUCUCUCUCUUCUCUCUCUCUCUCUCUCUCAAACCCUAAAUUACUAAAUUUGAAAAUUUGAAAAAAAAAAUCACAAGCACAGCCAUUAAGCACCAAAGCAAGCUCUUUCUUUCUUGCCAUCUUUCUCCUUUGGUUUCUCACAGAAGAAUCCAGAAUGGAUGCAUUUGAGGCCGACCCAGUAGAGAGAUUGGGGGAUGGAGCGAGACCCACUUGAGAAAGCUGCAUUGCAGUGGUGCCCAUGGGAAAGGCCCAGGAAGGCCAGGCGGUGCCGGCCAGGGUGGGGGCCGAGUCUUUGGACCAGAAUGCGCAGGCACGGUGGUGUGGGAACUGUGGUUUUGGGUGCUGCUGUGGUGGGGUUCGGAGGCUCAUUGGGAUCAGAUGUCUCCUGGUCCUGCUGCUCUCCGCCGCUGUCUUCCUCUCCGCUAUUUUUUGGCUGCCCCCGUUUCUGCGGUUCGCAGAUCAGGAGAAUCUGGAUCUUGAUUCAAAGUUCAAAGAUCAUGAUAUAGUAGCAAGUUUCUAUCUUAACAAGUCAUUUUCUUUGCUGGAAGAGAAUAUCUUGCAGCUUGAGGAAGACAUAUUUAAUGAGAUAAACUUUCCCUCCAUCAAAGUGGUUAUCUUAUCUCUAGAACCCAUAGCUCGACCAAAUUCAACAAUGGUUGUGUUUGCAGUUGAUCCUGAUGCAAAAUAUUCAGAAAUAUCCCAAACUGUGCAAAGUUUGAUUAGGGAAAAUUUUGUUUCUCUGGUUAUACAGCAACCUCCUCUUCGCCUGACUACAUCCUUGUUUGGUGAACCAUCCCUUUUUGAGGUGCAAAAAUUCCCAGGAGGAAUUACUAUAAUCCCUCCUCAGAGUGCAUUUCUUUUGCAGAAAGUGAAAAUCCUUUUCAACUUCACCUUAAACUUCCCUAUCGAUCAAAUACAAAAAAAUUUUGAUGAAUUGACAAGCCAGCUGAAGUCGGGAUUAAAUCUGGUGCCCUAUGAGAACUUGUAUGUUCGCUUAUCAAACUCAAAAGGUUCAACCGUAGCUCCCCCCACUAUUGUUCAGUCGUCUGUUCUCCUGGCAGUUGGGAAUACUCUCUCAACGCAAAGAUUAAAGCAACUGGCUCAAACCAUUACAGGCUCUAAUUCAAGAAACCUUGGCCUGAAUAACACUGUAUUUGGUAAGGUUAAGCAAGUUCGUCUUUCAUCUAUCUUGCAACACUCCCUCCAUGGUGGUGAUGGCAGUGGCACCUCACCUUCUCCUGCACCUGUGCCCCAUCCUCACCAUCACCACCACCACCAUCACCAUCAUCACCACCAUCACAAUGAUAACCAUCUAGCUCCUGCAAUUCCUCCCACUCCUGCACCUGAGGGGGGUGUGCCUGCAACUCAAAAGGGUGCACCUGCUCCUCAGGAUACUUCACCCGCCCCAAAGAGAAGUGUGCCUGCUCCUGAGAGAAGUUAUGAAGCAAAGCCUCCUGGUUGCCGACAUGGAUAUAAAAGGAGUUCUUCAGGGCAUGCCAGAAAGCAGUCUCACUUAGCCCCUGCUGCAUCACCAUAUAUUUCUCCUCAUUAUCCUGCUGCCUCACCACAAGCGCCAGUAGUCCCACCGACACCCGUAUCUCAUACAGUACCUGCUUCUAGUCCCUUGCCAAAUGUAGUUUUUGCUCAUACUCAACCCCCAUCGAAGAGUGAAUCAGAUUCAGAACAUCCUGACACUAUGCCGUCAGUUGCACCAUCACCAUCUAAAUCUUCUGCAGCCUUUCUUCCUGCUGUUCAAUGGGCAUUUUCUCUGUUACUAGCCCUUGUAUUACAUUUAUGACAGAGGAGGAACAUCUACAUUCUAGCUAAAACCACUUCUCUGGUACUCAAAAGGACUCAAUUGUAUCUUUCAACUGGCCAAACUGGAGGAGUUGACGCAAAGGUUGGGGGGGCUUCACAUUGGAGUGGAUAUAUGUUGUUUUUUGUGCGUGUAAAUAUUUGAUUACAAAAAUCCAGCGGGUAGAUGCAUUUUCAGGUCAAAGUCACAUAGGUGGCAGGCCUUGGUACAUGCAUUACCUCUGUUUUGUGUAUUCCAAUCUGCAGAAAUGUAAGGGGGAAAGGAAAAACCAGCAAAUCUAUUACAUUACCUUUUGUUUCUCA